AAAGAAGGUGCUGACGAUGCUGGCGUAAGGCUGUGCAGAAGUAGCACUGCUUCCUUUGAUUUAAUGGACACUUUACUGAUCAUUCUUUCAGUCUAUCAUGCAUUUAUUCCACCCCUUUGUUGCGUUCUAGAGAUGCUAAGCCAGAUUAAAAGCUAUAUGAAUUAAUAAACGCAAUUGCCCUUUGAUCUCCAAGUUCAUAUAGCAAUCUCUGAAACUUGGAAAUUUCUCCGAUUCCUUCACCGAGAUCAUUUGCUGGGUCAUUCCGCAAAUUCAGAAGGAUGGUCACGACAAUAGCUACCAAUACCCAAAACUCAAAUGCUAUGGUGCCGCAUGGCAUUUAGCGGUUUUACUUCUUAAAUUACUUUCAAGCCUUUUCACGAACGGUUGCUUUUCUUGGCGCAUAUAUAUAUGACGAGAGAUUUUGUUCUAAUCUAUCUGUAUAGUUUCUCUCUUAAUUCAUAAAUUCUCUUCAACCAUAAAAUCCGUUUAUUUCUUCUGUUUCGCUGGGCAAAAAUGGCCCCAUCAUCUCUAAAUGCCCGAUUCAAACAAUCUGUUACUCCCGACGCUUUAAGAUCAUAUCUCGCAGAGUUCAUCUCCACUUUCUUUUAUGUGUUUGCAGUUGUAGGAUCUGCAAUGGCUGCACGGAAAUUGAUGCCAGGAGCAGAUCCAUCCAGUUUAGUAAUAGUUGCUAUUGGGAAUUCUUUUGCACUUUCGUCGGCUGUGUACAUCGCUGCCAACAUCUCCGGUGGACAUGUGAAUCCUGCCGUCACAUUUAGUCUGGCCGUUGGAGGCCACAUUAGCGUCCCUACUGCUCUAUUCUACUGGAUUUCUCAAAUGUUAGCCUCUGUCAUGGCUUGUCUUCUCUUGAGAGUAGUCAUUGUUGGACAGAGUCUUCCUACCUACACAAUUGCAGAAGAAAUGACAGGAUUUGGAGCGUCGGUGAUAGAAGGUGUGCUAACAUUUGGUUUAGUAUACACUGUUUAUGCCGCAGGGGACCCCAGGCGCAGCCUGCAGGGAGUCACCGGACCCUUGGCAAUAGGACUGAUGGCAGGAGCCAAUGUGUUGGCUGCAGGACCCUUCUCAGGUGGUUCAAUGAACCCUGCAUGUGCAUUUGGUUCUGCAGUCAUUGCUGGAAGGUUCAAGAAUCAAGCAGUCUAUUGGGUUGGACCCUUGAUUGGAGGCACAUUUGCAGGGCUUCUAUAUGAUAAUGCUGUCUUCCCUAAUCAAGUUCCUGAUUCUAUUAGGGGAAUUUCAGACGGUGUUGGAGCGUAAUUGCAAUUUCGUGCAAAUGUUCCUCUUUAAGUUUUCUCGUUAUGUAUUUUUUUUUUUUGGGUUUGUCAGCUUGCGUCUUUUUGUAAUUCGAGUAGCAGUGCCAUUGCUGGCUAGCAUUGCCUGCUUUCUCAAUCAGGAGGCGAUGUUUUUAUGUGCUUUGUAUUUAGUUUAAUUGGGAAAACAAGUCUGUACAUGUGCAUGCAGGGUUGUGUGUAAUUGAAUGGAGUAAAUUUAUCUAUUUAUCAAGGGCUUUCAAUUGUAGAAAAA